AUGGCAUUUGUUUCAGCACAAGGGCCUACGGUGGUGGACCAAACCACUUUGAUGAAAAAAUACCUUCAGUUUGUGGCUGCUCUUACAGAUGUCAAUACACCUGAUGAAACCAAAUUGAAAAUGAUGCAAGAAGUCAGUGAGAAUUUUGAGAAUGUGACAUCAUCCCCUCAAUAUUCUACAUUCCUGGAACACAUCAUCCCUAGGUUUCUCACCUUUCUACAGGAUGGAGAAGUUCAGUUCCUGCAGGAGAAGCCAGCACAGCAACUCCGAAAGCUAGUGCUUGAAAUAAUUCACAGAAUACCAACAAAUGAACACCUUCGUCUUCAUACCAAAAAUAUCCUGUCUGUGAUGUUUAGAUUUUUAGAGACGGAGAAUGAAGAAAAUGUACUGAUUUGCUUAAGAAUAAUUAUUGAAUUGCACAAACAGUUCCGACCAGCAAUCACUCAAGAAAUCCAUCACUUUUUGGACUUUGUGAAACAGAUUUAUAAGGAACUUCCAAAAGUAGUGAAUCGCUAUUUUGAGAAUCCUCAGGUGAUUCCAGAGAACACUGUUCCUUCUCCUGAAAUGGUUGGCAUGAUUACAACAAUUGUGGUGAAAGUAAACCCUGAGCGAGACGAUAGCGAAACGAGAACACACUCUAUAAUUCCCAGAGGCUCUUUAUCUCUAAAGGUCUUGGCUGAGCUACCUAUUAUUGUUGUUCUUAUGUAUCAGCUCUACAAACUGAACAUUCAUAAUGUGGUAGCUGAAUUUGUGCCCUUGAUUAUGAACACUAUUAUAAUACAGGUUUCUGCUCAAGCAAGGCAACAUAAGCUUUAUAACAAGGAAUUGUAUGCUGAUUUUAUCGCUGCUCAGAUUAAAACGUUGUCUUUUUUGGCUUACAUCAUAAGAAUUUACCAGGAAUUAGUGGCUAAAUAUUCUCAGCAAAUGGUAAAAGGAAUGUUGCAGUUGCUCUCCAACUGUCCAGCUGAAACGGCACACCUCCGGAAGGAGCUUCUGAUUGCUGCUAAGCACAUCUUGACAACAGACUUGAGGAGCCAAUUUAUUCCAUGUAUGGACAAGCUAUUUGAUGAAUCUAUACUAAUUGGCUCUGGAUACACUGCCCGAGAGACACUGAGACCACUUGCAUAUAGUACAUUGGCAGACCUGGUACAUCAUGUCCGUCAGCAUUUACCACUCAAUGAUCUCUCCCUUGCUGUCCAGUUAUUUGCCAAGAACAUUGAUGAUGAGUCAUUGCCUAGCAGUAUCCAGACAAUGUCUUGCAAGCUUCUACUAAAUUUGGUAGACUGUAUCCGGUCUAAAAGUGAACAGGAGAAUGGAAAUGGUAGAGAUAUUCUUAUGAGAAUGCUGGAGGUUUUUGUUCUGAAAUUUCACACGAUAGCACGAUACCAGCUUUCUGUAAUUUUUAAAAAAUGCAAGCAACAGUCUGAACUUGGGGCUGCUGAAGCCGCAUUACCUGGAGUACCGACAGCAGCAAAUGCAGCUCCUGUUCCUGUUCCAUCUCCCGCCCCAGCCGCUCCAGUGGCCCCUGCACCAGUACCUGUAUUUGAAAAACAAGGGGAGAAAGAAAAAGAAGAUAAACAGACAUUUCAGGUCACAGAUUGCCGAAGCUUAGUAAAAACUUUGGUUUGUGGUGUCAAGACAAUCACGUGGGGCAUAACAUCAUGCAAAGCUCCUGGUGAAGCACAAUUUAUUCCCAAUAAGCAGUUGCAACCUAAGGAGACUCAAAUCUAUAUAAAAUUGGUAAAAUACGCAAUGCAAGCUUUAGAUAUUUAUCAGGUCCAAAUAGCAGGAAAUGGACAGACAUAUGUUCGAGUAGCAAACUGUCAGACAGUCAGAAUGAAAGAGGAAAAGGAAGUUCUGGAGCAUUUUGCUGGUGUAUUCACAAUGAUGAACCCUUUAACUUUUAAAGAAAUCUUUCAAACUACUGUUCCUUAUAUGGUGGAGAGAAUCUCAAAAAACUAUGCUCUUCAGAUUGUUGCCAAUUCCUUCUUGGCAAACCCUACUACCUCUGCCCUCUUUGCAACGAUUUUGGUAGAGUAUCUUCUGGAUCGGCUGCCAGAAAUGGGCUCUAAUGUGGAACUCUCCAAUCUGUAUCUCAAGCUGUUCAAGUUAGUCUUUGGCUCAGUUUCACUAUUUGCAGCUGAAAAUGAACAAAUGCUGAAGCCACAUUUGCACAAGAUUGUGAACAGCUCUAUGGAACUUGCACAGACUGCCAAAGAGCCCUAUAACUAUUUCCUGCUGCUCAGAGCACUGUUCAGAUCUAUUGGAGGAGGCAGUCAUGAUCUGUUAUAUCAAGAAUUCUUGCCGCUGUUACCAAACUUACUGCAAGGGCUUAAUAUGUUACAAAGUGGCCUUCAUAAACAACACAUGAAAGACUUGUUUGUAGAGCUCUGCCUCACUGUGCCCGUUCGUUUGAGCUCAUUGCUGCCUUACCUGCCAAUGUUGAUGGACCCCUUAGUGUCGGCUCUCAAUGGAUCUCAGACCCUGGUUAGCCAAGGCUUAAGAACGCUUGAAUUGUGUGUGGAUAACUUGCAGCCUGACUUUCUUUAUGAUCACAUUCAGCCAGUUCGAGCUGAGCUAAUGCAGGCUUUGUGGCGUACGCUGCGCAAUCCUGCAGACAGCAUUUCCCAUGUGGCUUAUCGUGUACUUGGUAAAUUUGGUGGAAGUAACAGGAAGAUGUUAAAGGAGUCCCAGAAACUGCAAUAUGUAGUCACUGAAAUCCAAGGCCCCAGUAUUACGAUAGAAUUUUCAGACUGUAAAGCAUCAAUUCAGCUCCCAAUGGAAAAGGCAAUUGAGACUGCUCUAGACUGUUUGAAGAGUGCUAACACAGAGCCGUAUUAUCGGAGGCAAGCGUGGGAAGUAAUCAAGUGUUUUUUAGUAGCUAUGAUGAGCCUGGAUGAUAAUAAACAUGCAUUAUACCAACUUCUUGCACAUCCCAACUUUACAGAGAAGUCCAUACCCAGUGUGAUUAUUUCACAUCGAUACAAAGCUCAGGAUACUCCAGCUCGUAAAACAUUUGAACAGGCAUUGACGGGGGCAUUCAUGUCAGCAGUCAUCAAAGAUCUGAGGCCUAGUGCUCUGCCUUUUGUAGCCAGCUUAAUCCGCCAUUACACAAUGGUGGCAGUUGCUCAGCAAUGCGGUCCUUUUUUGCUGCAGUGCUAUCAGGUUGGAAGCCAGCCUAGCACAGCCAUGUUUCAUAGUGAAGAAAAUGGGUCAAAAGGCAUGGAUCCCUUGGUGCUUAUUGAUGCCAUAGCAAUCUGCAUGGCAUACGAGGAGAAGGAGCUCUGCAAAAUAGGAGAGGUUGCUCUAGCAGUGAUAUUUGAUGUUGCCAGCAUUAUUUUGGGUUCAAAGGAAAGGGCUUGUCAGCUUCCCUUGUUUUCGUACAUUGUGGAACGUUUAUGUGCUUGCUGUUAUGAACAAGCUUGGUAUGCUAAACUAGGAGGUGUUGUGUCAAUUAAAUUUCUUAUGGAACGACUGCCACUAAUUUGGGUCCUCCAGAACCAGCAGACUUUCCUGAAGGCACUUCUCUUUGUUAUGAUGGAUCUAACUGGAGAGGUUUCUAAUGGAGCAGUUGCUAUGGCAAAGACCACAUUAGAACAGCUUUUGAUUAGAUGUGCAACUCCUCUGAAAGAUGAAGAAAAAACAGAAGAAAUCCUAGCAGCACAGGAGAAGUCUUUCCAUCAUGUAACACAUGACCUUGUUCGAGAAGUAACCUCUCCAAACUCUACUGUGAGAAAACAGGCCAUGCAUUCGUUACAGGUACUUGCACAGGUCACUGGAAAAAGUGUCACGGUGAUUAUGGAGCCACAUAAAGAGGUUCUCCAAGACAUGGUUCCUCCUAAAAAGCAUUUACUUAGGCAUCAACCUGCAAAUGCCCAGAUUGGCCUGAUGGAGGGAAACACAUUUUGCACAACCCUGCAACCCCGAUUGUUUACAAUGGAUCUGAAUGUUGUGGAACACAAGGUUUUCUACACAGAGUUACUGAAUUUGUGUGAGGCUGAAGAUGUUGCCUUAAUGAAACUACCUUGUUACAAAAGUCUUCCAUCACUUGUACCUCUUCGAAUUGCAGCCUUAAAUGCUCUGGCUGCCUGCAAUUACUUGCCUCAGUCAAGAGAGAAAAUCAUUGCUGCACUUUUCAAGGCACUUAAUUCAACAAAUCAUGAACUACAGGAGGCAGGAGAAGCAUGCAUGAGAAAGUUCUUGGAAGGAGCUACCAUAGAAGUUGAUCAAAUUCAUACACACAUGAGACCAUUGCUUAUGAUGUUGGGAGACUAUCGAAGUCUGACACUGAAUGUUGUGAAUCGUCUGACAUCUGUCACUAGACUUUUUCCAAACUCUUUUAAUGAUAAAUUCUGUGAUCAGAUGAUGCAACACCUGCGUAAGUGGAUGGAAGUUGUAGUUAUUACACACAAAGGUGGACAACGGAGUGAUGGAAAUGAAAUGAAGAUUUGUUCAGCAAUUAUAAAUUUAUUCCAUCUGAUCCCAGCUGCCCCUCAGACUUUGGUUAAACCUCUGCUGGAAGUUGUUAUGAAAACAGAACGAGCAAUGUUAAUUGAGGCUGGCAGUCCAUUCAGGGAACCACUCAUAAAAUUUUUGACACGUCAUCCAUCCCAGACUGUGGAGCUGUUCAUGAUGGAAGCCACUUUAAAUGAUCCACAGUGGAGCAGAAUGUUUAUGAGUUUCUUAAAACAUAAAGAUGCCAAACCUCUACGAGAUGUACUGGCAGCGAAUCCCAACCGAUUUAUCACUCUACUGUUACCUGUUGGUACCCAAGCAGCUGUUAGACCUGGUUCUCCAAGCACUACCACAAUGCGUCUCGAUCUUCAGUUUCAGGCUAUCAAGAUCAUAAGUAUCAUUGUGAAAAAUGAUGAGUGUUGGUUAGCAAAUCAACAUUCCUUGGUGAAUCAGCUGAAACGUGUAUGGGUGAGUGAAGCUUUUCAGGAGAGACAUCGUAAGGAAAAUAUGGCUGCAACAAACUGGAAAGAACCUAAGCUAUUAGCGUAUUGCUUACUGAAUUACUGCAAAAGGAAUUAUGGUGAUAUAGAGUUGCUCUUCCAGUUGCUUCGGGCUUUUACGGGUCGAUUUCUCUGCAAUAUGACAUUCUUAAAGGAAUACAUGGAAGAAGAGAUCCCAAAAAACUACAGUAUUUCCCAAAAACGGGCUUUGUUCUUCCGGUUUGUAGACUUCAAUGACCCAAACUUUGGAGAUGAGCUCAAAGCCAAGGUGCUGCAACAUGUCCUGAAUCCUGCUUUCUUGUACAGUUUUGAAAAGGGAGAAGGUGAACAGCUGUUGGGACCCCCAAACCCAGAAGGAGAUAAUCCAGAAAGCAUUACUAGCGUUUUUAUAACAAAGGUGCUUGAUCCGGAAAAACAGGCUGAUAUGCUGGAUUCUCUCAGGAUAUAUCUCUUGCAGUUUGCCACGCUUCUGGUUGAGCAUGCUCCACAUCACAUUCACGACAAUAACAAAAACCGGAACAGCAAACUACGACGCCUAAUGACAUUUGCUUGGCCUUGUCUCUUGUCCAAGGCAUGUGUGGAUCCAGCGUGUAAAUACAGUGGACAUUUGCUUUUGGCACACAUCAUUGCAAAAUUUGCCAUACAUAAGAAGAUAGUUCUUCAGGUUUUUCACAGUCUUCUAAAAGCUCAUGCAAUGGAGGCCCGAGCUAUUGUCAGGCAAGCGAUGGCUAUUCUGACUCCAGCUGUGCCUGCUCGAAUGGAGGAUGGACAUCAGAUGCUGACUCACUGGACCCGAAAAAUCAUUGUGGAAGAGGGCCAUACAGUUCCCCAACUAGUACAUAUUUUGCACUUGAUAGUACAACAUUUCAAGGUUUAUUAUCCGGUGAGACAUCACUUGGUUCAGCAUAUGGUUAGUGCCAUGCAGAGACUGGGCUUCACUCCCAGUGUUACAAUAGAGCAAAGAAAAUUAGCUGUGGAUCUUGCUGAAGUAGUUAUUAAGUGGGAAUUGCAAAGAAUUAAAGACCAGCAGCCAGAUUCAGAUAUGGAUUCAAGUGCAAGUGGAGAAGGAGCAAGUUCUGCCUCAUCUGCUGUUAAAAGAGGAUUGUCUGUUGAUUCUGGCCAAGAAGUAAAGCGAUUCAGGACAGCUACGGGAGCAAUAAGCGCUGUAUUUGGACGUAGCCAGUCCUUGUCAGGAGCUGAUGCACUGCUUUCCAAGCCAAUUGACAAGCAGCAUACAGAUACAGUCGUUAAUUUCUUGAUUAGAAUUGCUUGCCAGGUAAAUGACAACUCAAACACUGCUGGAUCUCCUGGGGAAUUGCUGUCUCGCCGCUGUGUCAACCUGCUGAAAACAGCUUUACGACCAGACAUGUGGCCAAAAUCAGAACUGAAGUUGCAGUGGUUCGAUAAGCUGCUAAUGACUGUGGAACAACCCAAUCAGGCCAACUUCGCCAACAUUUGCACUGGUUUAGAGGUAUUAAGUUUCCUGUUAACUGUACUGCAGCCUCCUGCUAUUCUUAGCAGCUUCAAACCCCUGCAACGAGGUGUAGCAGCUUGUAUGACUUGUGGAAACACAAAGGAUUUGAGAGCAGUUCACAGUCUUCUUUCUCGCUUGAUGGGCAUUUUCCCUACAGAACCAAGUACCUCAAGUGUAGCUUCAAAGUAUGAAGAGCUGGAGUGCCUUUAUGCUGCAGUUGGAAAGGUUAUUUAUGAAGGACUUACUAAUUACGAAAAAGCCACUAAUGCUAACCCUUCUCAGCUCUUUGGUACUUUAAUGAUUCUGAAGUCUGCGUGCAGUAACAAUCCCAGCUAUAUUGACAGAUUGAUUUCGGUUUUUAUGCGAUCUCUGCAGAAGAUGGUCAGGGAGCACUUAAACCCACAGGCUACUACAGGAACAGCAGAAGCAAAUACAGGUACAAGCGAACUGGUAAUGCUAAGCCUGGAUCUUGUGAAAACACGCUUGGCUGUGAUGAGCAUGGAAAUGAGGAAAAAUUUUAUACAAGCUAUUCUAACAUCUCUCAUUGAAAAAUCUACUGAUGCCAAAAUUCUUCGUGCAGUGGUAAAAAUAGUGGAAGAGUGGGUGAAAAACAAUUCCCCAAUGGCAGCUAAUCAGACACCUACUCUCCGGGAGAAGUCCAUUUUACUAGUGAAAAUGAUGACUUACAUUGAAAAGCGCUUUCCAGAAGACCUUGAAUUAAAUGCUCAGUUCUUGGACCUUGUUAACUAUGUCUAUAGGGAUGAGAAUCUCUCUGGUAGUGAACUUACUGCUAAACUUGAGCCAGCAUUUCUUUCGGGUUUGCGUUGUGCCCAACCACUCAUACGAGCCAAAUUUUUUGAGGUCUUUGACAAUUCUAUGAAACGUCGUGUUUACGAGCGCCUACUUUAUGUGACCUGUUCUCAAAACUGGGAAGCGAUGGGAAAUCACUUUUGGAUAAAACAGUGCAUUGAGCUCCUGUUGGCGGUGUGCGAGAGGAAUACUACAAUUGGGACAAGCUGCCAGGGUGCUAUGCUGCCCUCUAUCACCAAUGUUAUCAACCUUGCUGACAGUCACGAUAGAGCGGCAUUCGCGAUGGUAACCCACGUCAAACAAGAGCCUCGUGAAAGGGAAAACAGUGAAUCCAAAGAAGAGGAUGUUGAAAUAGACAUUGAAUUGGCUCCGGGAGAUCAGACCAGUACACCUAAAACUAAGGAACUUUCUGAGAAGGACAUUGGCAAUCAGCUACACAUGUUGACCAACCGGCAUGACAAAUUUCUUGACUCUCUUCGAGAAGUGAAGACUGGAGCAUUGCUGAGUGCCUUUGUUCAGUUAUGUCAUAUUUCUACACCAUUAGCAGAAAAGACUUGGAUACAGCUUUUUUCACGACUUUGGAAAAUCUUAUCUGACAGACAACAACAUGCGCUAGCAGGUGAAAUAAGCCCUUUCUUGUGCAGUGGUAGCCAUCAAGUACAGCGAGAUUGCCAGCCAAGUGCAUUGAAUUGCUUUGUGGAAGCAAUGUCACAGUGUGUUCCUCCCAUUCCCAUCAGACCUUGUGUCCUGAAAUACUUGGGUAAAACUCACAAUCUCUGGUUUCGUUCUACACUCAUGCUGGAACAUCAAGCUUUCGAAAAAGGACUGAGUCUACAGAUAAAGCCUAAACAGACAACAGAAUUUUAUGAGCAGGAAAGCAUAACUCCUCCUCAACAGGAAAUACUGGAUUCCCUUGCUGAGCUCUACUCUUUGUUACAAGAAGAGGAUAUGUGGGCUGGACUAUGGCAGAAACGCUGUAAAUUCCCAGAGACAGCAACAGCUAUUGCCUAUGAACAACAUGGGUUUUUUGAACAGGCACAAGAAACGUACGAAAAAGCAAUGGAAAAGGCUAAAAAAGAGCAUGAACGGAAUAAUGCUUCUCCUUCAAUCUUUCCUGAGUACCAGCUCUGGGAAGACCAUUGGAUUCGUUGCUCGAAAGAAUUGAACCAGUGGGAACCUUUGACAGAAUAUGGCCAGUCCAAAGGUCAUAUAAAUCCUUACCUAGUACUGGAAUGUGCAUGGAGGGUCUCAAAUUGGACUGCUAUGAAGGAGGCUCUGGUGCAGGUGGAGUUGAGUUGUCCAAAGGAGAUGGCAUGGAAAGUGAAUAUGUACAGAGGAUACUUAGCAAUCUGCCACCCGGAAGAGCAACAGCUUAACUUCAUUGAGCGUCUGGUAGAGAUGGCGAGUAGUUUAGCUAUUCGAGAAUGGCGAAGGCUUCCUCACGUGGUCUCGCAUGUUCAUACUCCCCUUCUCCAGGCAGCACAGCAAAUAAUUGAACUUCAAGAAGCAGCCCAAAUCAAUGCAGGGUUGCAGCCAACUAAUCUGGGGAGGAACAACAGCUUGCAUGAUAUGAAGACCGUUGUAAAGACUUGGAGGAACAGGUUACCUAUUGUGUCAGAUGAUUUAUCCCACUGGAGCAGCAUUUUCAUGUGGAGACAACAUCAUUACCAGGGUAAAACUGCCUGGUCCAGCAUGCAUUCAUCAUCCAUUGUAACUGCAUAUGAAAAUAGUUCUCAGCACGAUCCUAGUUCAAAUAACGCGAUGUUGGGAGUUCACGCUUCUGCGUCAGCAAUUAUCCAAUAUGGAAAGAUAGCCCGAAAACAAGGCCUGGUCAACGUAGCUCUGGAUAUACUGAGUCGCAUUCAUACAAUUCCAACUGUGCCCAUUGUGGACUGCUUUCAGAAGAUUCGCCAGCAAGUUAAAUGUUAUCUUCAGCUGGCUGGAGUCAUGGGCAAAAAUGAAUGUAUGCAGGGUCUUGAAGUUAUUGAAUCAACCAAUCUGAAGUACUUCACCAAGGAGAUGACCGCUGAGUUUUAUGCAUUGAAGGGAAUGUUCUUGGCACAAAUUAACAAGUCUGAAGAAGCAAACAAAGCUUUUUCUGCAGCUGUGCAAAUGCAUGAUGUGCUAGUGAAAGCAUGGGCAAUGUGGGGUGAUUAUCUGGAGAAUAUCUUCGUGAAAGAACGUCAGCUUCACCUGGGUGUGUCUGCUAUUACUUGCUACCUGCAUGCAUGUCGUCAUCAGAAUGAGAGCAAAUCAAGAAAAUACUUAGCAAAGGUGCUUUGGCUACUGAGUUUUGAUGAUGAUAAGAACACCUUAGCAGAUGCAGUAGACAAGUACUGUAUCGGUGUCCCACCCAUUCAGUGGUUGGCCUGGAUUCCACAGCUGUUGACGUGCCUGGUUGGCUCAGAGGGCAAACUCCUUCUGAACCUCAUUAGUCAGGUUGGAAGAGUCUAUCCCCAAGCUGUCUACUUCCCUAUUAGGACCCUCUAUUUGACCUUGAAGAUAGAACAACGAGAGCGCUACAAAAGCGAUCCUGGGCCCAUCAGAGCCACCGCACCAAUGUGGCGAUGCAGCAGAAUUAUGCAUAUGCAGAGAGAAUUACAUCCAACACUUUUGUCUUCCCUGGAAGGCAUUGUGGAUCAGAUGGUCUGGUUCAGAGAGAAUUGGCAUGAAGAGGUUCUUAGACAACUGCAGCAGGGCUUGGCGAAGUGCUAUUCAGUUGCCUUUGAGAAAAGCGGAGCCGUUUCAGAUGCCAAAAUCACUCCUCAUACACUAAAUUUUGUCAAGAAGUUGGUCAGCACUUUUGGAGUAGGUCUUGAGAAUGUCUCUAAUGUGUCUACCAUGUUUUCUAGUGCAGCCUCAGAGUCACUAGCUAGGAGAGCACAGGCAACAGCUCAAGAUCCUGUGUUCCAGAAGUUAAAAGGGCAAUUUACAACAGACUUUGACUUCAGUGUGCCAGGGUCAAUGAAACUUCACAAUCUUAUCUCUAAACUGAAGAAAUGGAUCAAAAUUCUGGAGGCAAAAACUAAACAGCUUCCAAAGUUCUUCCUCAUAGAGGAAAAGUGCCGCUUUCUAAGUAAUUUUUCAGCUCAAACUGCAGAAGUAGAGAUACCUGGAGAAUUCCUUAUGCCAAAGCCAACACAUUACUACAUCAAGAUAGCAAGGUUUAUGCCCAGAGUGGAGAUAGUUCAGAAGCACAAUACAGCAGCUAGAAGACUCUAUAUCCGAGGCCAUAAUGGAAAGAUUUACCCAUAUCUGGUAAUGAACGAUGCUUGCCUGACAGAGUCUCGUAGAGAAGAGCGAGUAUUACAACUUCUUCGUCUUUUGAACCCCUGCUUGGAGAAAAGGAAGGAAACCACAAAAAGACAUUUGUUUUUUACAGUCCCCCGUGUUGUAGCAGUUUCUCCACAGAUGCGUUUGGUUGAAGACAAUCCCUCCUCUCUGUCCCUGGUGGAGAUCUAUAAGCAGCGCUGUGCCAAGAAAGGCAUUGAGCAUGACAACCCUAUUUCGCGUUACUAUGACAGACUGGCAACGGUCCAAGCACGGGGGACUCAAGCUAGCCAUCAGGUUCUCAGAGAUAUACUUAAAGAAGUACAGAGUAACAUGGUGCCGCGCAGCAUGCUGAAGGAGUGGGCUUUACAUACAUUCCCCAAUGCUACAGAUUACUGGACUUUUCGAAAGAUGUUCACUAUUCAGUUAGCCCUAAUUGGCUUUGCAGAAUUCAUCUUUCAUUUAAACAGACUGAACCCUGAAAUGCUGCAGAUUGCCCAGGAUACUGGCAAGCUAAAUGUAGCUUACUUUCGCUUUGACAUUAAUGAUGCUACUGGAGAUUUGGAUGCCAAUCGUCCAGUUCCAUUCCGACUUACACCAAACAUUUCUGAAUUUCUUACCACCAUUGGGGUGUCUGGUCCACUGACUGCAUCUAUGAUUGCAGUAGCUCGCUGCUUUGCGCAGCCAAACUUUAAGGUUGAUGGCAUCCUAAAAACUGUGCUACGGGAUGAAAUAAUUGCAUGGCACAAAAAAACACAAGAGGAUACUUCCUCUCCACUCUCAGCAGCUGGACAACCUGAAAAUAUGGACAGCCAGCAGCUGGUUUCACUAGUUCAAAAAGCUGUUACCGCUAUCAUGACUCGACUUCAUAAUCUUGCUCAGUUUGAAGGAGGAGAAAGCAAAGUCAACACUCUGGUAGCAGCUGCAAAUAGCUUGGAUAAUCUCUGUCGAAUGGAUCCUGCCUGGCACCCCUGGCUGUAACUUGAAAUUUUCAAUAGCUUUUUUUGCUGCUGUUUGUGUUGUGAGCCAUAUAUUGUGUUAAGAAAAUGUGAAAAAAGCUUUCCAGACCACGGCUUACCUGUCACGCUGCAUUUUCUCAGUCUUCGUUUCAAUUGUGUUUACAGUAGUAUGACAAUUUUACUGUUUCAUUUCAUGAGGGGACAUCUCAUCCUGUUUGAGAAAGGUUGUUCAAUAUGUAACAACAGAUUUCACAAAUAGCUUAAAAUGAAGAGAGGAAACUUAAAUAAUGU